AUGGCGGGCAAACGGCACAACUAUUGGCACCAGUAUGUUGUCUCUGGAGUAAUCCUUCCAAGAACAAUAUGCAGUGGCGUUGUGGCAAUCAUGCUGCAUGCUGACGAUGGCGUAUUGUCUGGUCAGAAACUUGAACUCUGGUGUCCUAGCACAGGUCAAGUCGUGAAUGGCAGUUUCAGUCAGUGGAGUGAAUGGACACAGAUCAUCUGCCCAAAGACUUGUGGAGUCGAUGUGGAAACUUUACAGAGAAGGAGUAGGGCAUGUGACAAUCCUCCUUCAUUCAAUGGUGGGCUUCCAUGUGACGGUUCAACUUCUCAGGAAAGAAAUUGGAAAUGCACGGAUCUAUCUCCAUGCCCAGUUGAUGGUGGAGUGUCAGAAUGGGGAGAGUGGGACACUCCACGGUGUCCAACAUGUGGGGAGAAUGUUACGGGAGUAUCAUUAAGGCUGCGACAAUGUGACAACCCAGUUCCGGCCAAUGGUGGAUCAUUCUGCAUUGAACCAGUGCAGGAGAUCGUCGUCAGAUCGUGUGAAGUCGCUCGUUGUCCAGUUGAUGGAAGGCUGUCAAACUGGACAUCGUGGUCAAUCGUACCCUGCCCUGUCACAUGUGGAGUAGAUGCCAUGACAAACCAGAGCAGACAUAGGGAUUGUAACGCCCCUGCUCCGGAAGCCGGUGGCAAGAACUGCACGGGUCCACUGACGGAAACCAGCGACGACAAUGUGACCGAGUGGAGCCAAUGGAGUGCUGCAGCAUGCACAGCCACCUGUGGUCCAGGCCAAGAGGGAAGCGUGAAAAGAAGCAGAAGUUGUAUUACGCCGGCCAAUAAUAUCAGCUGUACAGCCGAACUAAUAGAAACCCAAAUGGGAAACUGUGACCUCCCUAAAUGUCCAGUUGAUGGAGGGCUGUCAAACUGGACAUCGUGGUCAAUCGUACCCUGCCCUGUCACAUGUGGAGCAGAUGCCAUGACAAACCAGAGCAGACGUAGGGAUUGUAACGCCCCUGCUCCGGAAGCCGGUGGCAAGAACUGCACGGGUCCACUGACGGAAACCAGUCAGACACACUGCAAUGUUCCUCCAUGUAGUGGCGACGACAAUGUGACCGAGUGGAGCCAAUGGAGUGCUGCAGCAUGCACAGCCACCUGUGGUCCAGGCCAAGAGGGAAGCGUGAAAAGAAGCAAAAGUUGUAUUACGCCGGCCAAUAAUAUCAGCUGUACAGCCGAACUAAUAGAAACCCAAAUGGGAAACUGUGACCUCCCUAAAUGUCCAGUUGAUGGAGGGCUGUCAAACUGGACAUCGUGGUCAAUCGUACCCUGCCCUGUCACAUGUGGAGCAGAUGCCAUGACAAAUCAGAGCAGACGUAGGGAUUGUAACGCCCCUGCUCCGGAAGCCGGUGGCAAGAACUGCACGGGUCCACUGACGGAAACCAGUCAGACACACUGCAAUGUUCCUCCAUGUAGUGGCGACGACAAUGUGACCGAGUGGAGCCAAUGGAGUGCUGCAGCAUGCACAGCCACCUGUGGUCCAGGCCAAGAGGGAAGCGUGAAAAGAAGCAGAAGUUGUAUUACGCCGGCCAAUAAUAUCAGCUGUACAGCCGAACUAAUAGAAACCCAAAUGGGAAACUGUGACCUCCCUAAAUGUCCAGUUGAUGGAGGGCUGUCAAACUGGACAUCGUGGUCAAUCGUACCCUGCCCUGUCACAUGUGGAGCAGAUGCCAUGACAAACCAGAGCAGACGUAGGGAUUGUAACGCCCCUGCUCCGGAAGCCGGUGGCAAGAACUGCACGGGUCCACUGACGGAAACCAGUCAGACACACUGCAAUGUUUCUCCAUGUAGUGGCGACGACAAUGUGACCGAGUGGAGCCAAUGGAGUGCUGCAGCAUGCACAGCCACCUGUGGUCCAGGCCAAGAGGGAAGCGUGAAAAGAAGCAGAAGUUGUAUUACGCCGGCCAAUAAUAUCAGCUGUACAGCCGAACUAAUAGAAACCCAAAUGGGAAACUGUGACCUCCCUAAAUGUCCAGUUGAUGGAGGGCUGUCAAACUGGACAUCGUGGUCAAUCGUACCCUGCCCUGUCACAUGUGGAGCAGAUGCCAUGACAAACCAGAGCAGACGUAGGGAUUGUAACGCCCCUGCUCCGGAAGCCGGUGGCAAGAACUGCACGGGUCCACUGACGGAAACCAGUCAGACACACUGCAAUGUUCCUCCAUGUAGUGGCGACGACAAUGUGACCGAGUGGAGCCAAUGGAGUGCUGCAGCAUGCACAGCCACCUGUGGUCCAGGCCAAGAGGGAAGCGUGAAAAGAAGCAGAAGUUGUAUCACGCCGGCCAAUAAUAUCAGCUGUACAGCCGAACUAAUAGAAACCCAAAUGGGAAACUGUGACCUCCCUAAAUGUCCAGUUGAUGGAGGGCUGUCAAACUGGACAUCGUGGUCAAUCGUACCCUGCCCUGUCACAUGUGGAGCAGAUGCCAUGACAAACCAGAGCAGACGUAGGGAUUGUAACGCCCCUGCUCCGGAAGCCGGUGGCAAGAACUGCACGGGUCCACUGACGGAAACCAGUCAGACACACUGCAAUGUUCCUCCAUGUAGUGGCGACGACAAUGUGACCGAGUGGAGCCAAUGGAGUGCUGCAGCAUGCACAGCCACCUGUGGUCCAGGCCAAGAGGGAAGCGUGAAAAGAAGCAAAAGUUGUAUUACGCCGGCCAAUAAUAUCAGCUGUACAGCCGAACUAAUAGAAACCCAAAUGGGAAACUGUGACCUCCCUAAAUGUCCAGUUGAUGGAGGGCUGUCAAACUGGACAUCGUGGUCAAUCGUACCCUGCCCUGUCACAUGUGGAGCAGAUGCCAUGACAAACCAGAGCAGACGUAGGGAUUGUAACGCCCCUGCUCCGGAAGCCGGUGGCAAGAACUGCACGGGUCCACUGACGGAAACCAGUCAGACACACUGCAAUGUUCCUCCAUGUAGUGGCGACGACAAUGUGACCGAGUGGAGCCAAUGGAGUGCUGCAGCAUGCACAGCCACCUGUGGUCCAGGCCAAGAGGGAAGCGUGAAAAGAAGCAGAAGUUGUAUCACGCCGGCCAAUAAUAUCAGCUGUACAGCCGAACUAAUAGAAACCCAAAUGGGAAACUGUGACCUCCCUAAAUGUCCAGUUGAUGGAGGGCUGUCAAACUGGACAUCGUGGUCAAUCGUACCCUGCCCUGUCACAUGUGGAGCAGAUGCCAUGACAAACCAGAGCAGACGUAGGGAUUGUAACGCCCCUGCUCCGGAAGCCGGUGGCAAGAACUGCACGGGUCCACUGACGGAAACCAGUCAGACACACUGCAAUGUUCCUCCAUGUAGUGGCGACGACAAUGUGACCGAGUGGAGCCAAUGGAGUGCUGCAGCAUGCACAGCCACCUGUGGUCCAGGCCAAGAGGGAAGCGUGAAAAGAAGCAAAAGUUGUAUUACGCCGGCCAAUAAUAUCAGCUGUACAGCCGAACUAAUAGAAACCCAAAUGGGAAACUGUGACCUCCCUAAAUGUCCAGUUGAUGGAGGGCUGUCAAACUGGACAUCGUGGUCAAUCGUACCCUGCCCUGUCACAUGUGGAGCAGAUGCCAUGACAAAUCAGAGCAGACGUAGGGAUUGUAACGCCCCUGCUCCGGAAGCCGGUGGCAAGAACUGCACGGGUCCACUGACGGAAACCAGUCAGACACACUGCAAUGUUCCUCCAUGUAGUGGCGACGACAAUGUGACCGAGUGGAGCCAAUGGAGUGCUGCAGCAUGCACAGCCACCUGUGGUCCAGGCCAAGAGGGAAGCGUGAAAAGAAGCAGAAGUUGUAUUACGCCGGCCAAUAAUAUCAGCUGUACAGCCGAACUAAUAGAAACCCAAAUGGGAAACUGUGACCUCCCUAAAUGUCCAGUUGAUGGAGGGCUGUCAAACUGGACAUCGUGGUCAAUCGUACCCUGCCCUGUCACAUGUGGAGCAGAUGCCAUGACAAACCAGAGCAGACGUAGGGAUUGUAACGCCCCUGCUCCGGAAGCCGGUGGCAAGAACUGCACGGGUCCACUGACGGAAACCAGUCAGACACACUGCAAUGUUCCUCCAUGUAGUGGCGACGACAAUGUGACCGAGUGGAGCCAAUGGAGUGCUGCAGCAUGCACAGCCACCUGUGGUCCAGGCCAAGAGGGAAGCGUGAAAAGAAGCAGAAGUUGUAUUACGCCGGCCAAUAAUAUCAGCUGUACAGCCGAACUAAUAGAAACCCAAAUGGGAAACUGUGACCUCCCUAAAUGUCCAGUUGAUGGAGGGCUGUCAAACUGGACAUCGUGGUCAAUCGUACCCUGCCCUGUCACAUGUGGAGCAGAUGCCAUGACAAACCAGAGCAGACGUAGGGAUUGUAACGCCCCUGCUCCGGAAGCCGGUGGCAAGAACUGCACGGGUCCACUGACGGAAACCAGUCAGACACACUGCAAUGUUCCUCCAUGUAGUGGCGACGACAAUGUGACCGAGUGGAGCCAGUGGAGUGCUGCAGCAUGCACAGCCACCUGUGGUCCAGGCCAAGAGGGAAGCGUGAAAAGAAGCAGAAGUUGUAUCACGCCGGCCAAUAAUAUCAGCUGUACAGCCGAACUAAUAGAAACCCAAAUUGGAAACUGUGACCUCCCUAAAUGUCCAGUUGAUGGAGGGCUGUCAAACUGGACAUCGUGGUCAAUCGUACCCUGCCCUGUCACAUGUGGAGCAGAUGCCAUGACAAACCAGAGCAGACGUAGGGAUUGUAACGCCCCUGCUCCGGAAGCCAGUGGCAAGAACUGCACGGGUCCACUGACGGAAACCAGUCAGACACACUGCAAUGUUCCUCCAUGUAGUGGUACGUGA